AAGGGGGUGGAUAGGGAGAAGGAGAGAGAGAAAGGGGUGGAUAGGGAGAAGGAGAGAGAGAAAGGGGUGGAUAGGGAGAAGGAGAGAGAGAAGGGGGUGGAUAGGGAGAAGGAGAGAGAGAAAGGGGUGGAUAGGGAGAAGGAGAGAGAGAAAGGGGUGGAUAGGGAGAAGGAGAGAGAGACAGAGCACCCUAAAGCCAGACCUCCUCCCUCGGUCCAUUCUUCCAAACCUUCCACGUUCCAUUCUUCCAAACCUCCUCCCUCGGUCCCUUCUUCUAGACCUCCUUCUGACCUGGUCAGAGAGACAGAUGAGGCAGCCUUCGAACCGGACUACAGCGAGGGAGAGAUCUCAGAGGGGGAGGAGGAGGAAGGAGAGAAAAAAGUGGGCGGACAGCGAGCGGUGGAGGGAGAGCCAGCGGUGCAUGGGGGCAGCAGCAGAAGUCGUAGCAGCAGCGCCAGCUCUGUCGGUAGCCUGGGCAACAAGAAAGACAAGAAGAAGAAGAAAGAUAAAAAAGAGAAGAAGAAAGAGAAGAAGAAACAGAAGAAAGACAGAAAGCAGAAGAGACUGGAGGCUGAGGAGGGAGAGAUCGCAGGACUGAAACACAAACACAAGAAGAAGAAGAACAAGGACAAUAACAGAGAGAGAGAAGAGGAGGAGGAGAGAAGAGGCGAAGACCAAAUGUCUAGCGUAGCCUUAUGAGACAUUUCGUCGUGAAGCGUUUUUUUCCACACGUUUCAGCCCAAGGCUCGUGGCCCAAACCUUAUUCCCUAACUAGUGCACGACUUUAAGGCUCGUGGCCCAAACCUAGUGCACUAAGAAGGGAAUUGGGCGCCAUUUCGGAGGAAAGAUAUUUGGUUUCCUUCCGAGCCUCCUGUCAGUGAACUGUAAAGGUCUCAAAGAGGCGUCACACAGCCUCUGCAUUCCAAAUACCAUCCUAUUCCCUAUAUAGGGCACUACUUUUGACGAGGGCCCAUAUUCCCUAUAAUAAUAGGGCACUAUGUAGGGAAUGUGGGUGUCAUUUGUGACGGGACCCCGUAGUGAAGACCAUAAGAGGACUCUGCAAGCUUGUUCACUUUAGUUCAACACUUUGUUUGGGGGGUUUUGUUAUUUUUUAUUUUUUUUGCUGAGGAUUUGAAUUAAUUUAAUGAAUUUAAGGCUGAUGUAUAAAAUAUUAAUUUUUUUUAGACUCUGCUCAACAUAGGCUGUUGCUUGGACGAGUCAAUUUACUUGAAUAAUGCUUUGAUUUUUAAUUAUUUUUUUUGUGUUUAAAAAAAAAAUGUGUAAUUGCUAAAACCUUGAUUUGUCCCUGUCCCCCACCGUCCUGUCCCCCACCCCAGGUUAUUUUUGAAGAGUUUCUACGACCUGGGAUGCAUCCCAAAUAGCAACCAGUUCCCGAUGUUGUGGACUAUAUACAAGAAUAGUGAACUAUUAUGGACACACACAAUAUACCAUCUUUCAUAUCAGAUAUGUAUUCUCUAGAGUGAAAACGUGUAGGAGGAGGAGGAGGGAAAAAAGCACUAUCGAGAUGUAAAUGACUGUUACUCUGCUGUAAGCAGACUGAGCAAGAGUGACCUAGAGGUAGUUGUUGGCCUAUGUUUUGCAAAAUUACUUCCCCCCCCCCCCCCCUAAAAUUCACCAGAUUUCCCAGAAAUCCCAGGUUGUAGGAUUCACAGAUUUCCUUCUUGAUUUCAGGAAUCUGUGAUUUUUUAUUUUUUUUUUUAUUUUUGUUGUUGUUGUAAAGUUACCAGAAUUGUUCAGCCCCUUAGUGGUAGUUGUGUCUUAUGAUACCUGAAUUAUAUUUACACAAUUCUGACAAUAUGUGAAUAUUGUUGUUCGUUGAGCGCGGACGGGGGUAGAGACACUGGAGGGUGUUAAAGGUCCAUGUCUUGGGUUUAAAAGGUUCCGUGCACUGUGAAGAUUCAUCAAAUUUGUUCCUUUUUAUUUUAAUUUAAAUUUUAUUUUUAGUUUUUGCAAUGACCUCUAUUUAAUUUAAACUACCAGCUGAAUGAACUGAACCGGAGGGACAUUUUUUUAUUUUAUUUUUUUCUCUUGUUUUGAAGAUAAUAAUAAAAUUAAUUCUUGCAACAAAAAAAAAAGAAAAUGUUCUCCAUUUUCUUGUUCUUUCCACCUUUUUUAGUUUUUACCCAGAAAUCAAAAGGGUGCUUCAAAUGUGGAUAACUUUAUAUUAAAGGGUCUGUAAUAAAUCAUUUAUAAACA